AUGACGAUUGGAUUCCUGCCCGGCCAGUGGCUCGACACAUACAUUCCCAACGUCCCCAAAGCUGGCGGGUUCACCAUCACAUCCGCCCCUUCAGCCGCUCUCACGGGUCCCUCGCCGUAUCUGGAGCUCGCGGUGCAGGAGUCGCCCGACAAUGAACCUGCGACCUGGCUGUGGCGGCCUGUGGACGAGAUUCUGGGCGUGACGCUGCGUGUUCGCGUGGGUGGCAGGUUUGUUUUCCCUCCUCAUAGCGGCGGUGAUGCGUCCGAUUUUUUUUCUUCUGCUUUUAAAAGAGGCGUUUUUGUCGCUGGUGGGGUGGGGGUGAAUCCACUGAUGAGCAUGUUGAGCUACAUUGCCGAGGGCCAGGGGCAAGAUGCUACUGGUCUGGACGUGAGCUUCAUAUACGCAAGCAAGUUGCCUGCGACCGGCAAUCUUUUAGAUAUUGUCUUCCUCGAUAGGAUUACGCGGGCUUUUGGGGAGGGUACAGUGAAGGGCAAGGUGACGCUGUUUAUAACGGCUGCUGGGGACAGCGCAGCUCCACAGCAGCAGCAAGAGACGAGAUAUAUCAAUGGAGCUCCGGUGGAGAUCCAGCCGCGCCGCCUUACGGUUGCGGAUAUUAACGAAGUAAUUGGAGGUGAAGACCAUGAAGGCACCGUUGUGUAUGUGUGUGGGCCGCCACCAAUGACGGAUGAGCUGGUUGAGAAGCUUGCGGCGGUGAUGGAUUCGCGCCGUGUUUUGACGGAGAAAUGGUGGUAA